AUGAGGGCACACGGCCGUCAGUUACGAGAGUUGGAAGAGUCGGCGAAUAGCAUCGACUUCUCUGGACUAGUUCAGUCCACCCUCAGCGAUGCCGAUGAUCUGGCAUUGAAGAUAGAUUCGCCUCUAGCUCAACUUCCCGAUCUUAACGACCGUCACGCCAGGUUGAUGAAGAAGACGUGCAGGCUGGUCGAGACGAGUACAGCGUCGAUUUGGGCUCAUCAGCGCUUUGAGCAGGCCUGCAAUCUGAUCGACCAGUGGCUGGGCGACCUGAGAGCUCAGCUGGAGGCCACUUGUGGUUUGUCCGGUGACCGUCAUUUGCUUCAGGCGCGUAUUGACAAAAUCCAGGUGGGUCUCACUGUUGGAUUAAGCGUUCUGACCAACCAUAUACACAAGAUGUUGCAAUUAACCCUGAUUUUAGUUGACUUAUUGCCAUGA